AUGAAUGUAAACGCACAUAAAACCCACACGGGGGUUGGUCCCAUUCCAACCGUCGUCCCCACAUCAACCACUUACCAAGUCGUCGGCCAUGGCGGACUGCGUGCUCUCUGGGUCGUCUUCGGGAUUAUGGUCAUCGCGUCCGCUAUCUUCGCUCUACGGUCCUCUAACAUUAUCAUCUCCCGCCGAUUGUACCAUGUUAUUACUACCUUGACCACCAUUAUUUCCGCUCUUUCAUACUUCGCCAUGGCAUCAGGCCAUGCCACGGCCUUCAACUGCCAAACGAUAAGAGAAGGUCAUAAGCAUGUACCUGAUAUCCGUCGCCAUGUUUGUCGCGAGGUAUUUUGGGCUCGUUUUGUUGAUUGGAGCUUGUCAAUUCCCCUCUUGUUGCUGGAGCUCUGCCUUCUCGCUGGGAUUGAUGGCGCUCGCACUUUAAUGGCUAUUGUGGCUGUUCUUGUUAUGGUCUUGUCGGGGCUCUUUGCGGCCUUCGGCCGUGAUAAUACCGCGCAGACAUGGGGGUGGUUCGCGAUUGCAUGCGUUUCUUAUAUGUUUGUCAUCUGGUAUGUCGCAGUUCAUGGUUCUAAGACGGUGGACGCCAAGGGUGCCAAGGUCACCAAGCUUUUUAGUUCCAUGGCCACCUUUAUUCUGAUCCUCUGGACGAUUUACCCAAUGUAG